UGCUCUGGGAAUCGCGGGCGGCGCCGGCUGGCGGCGCGGUCCUCACUGGGGAUCCCGGGGGCUGGGGCUUGACCCGGAGUUGCAGCGAGCCCCUCAGAGCGGCAGUUUUUUUGAGUACUAGAACACCACAACCAUGUUUCGGAAUAGUCUCAAGAUGCUUCUUACUGGAGGGAAAUCGAGUCGUAAAAACAGAUCAAGUGAUGGAGGGAGCGAGGAACCACCGGAUCGAAGACAGUCAAGUGUAGACUCUCGCCAAAGCCGCUCUGGGCAAGGUGGCAUCUCCACAGAAAGCGACUGUGUUUUUGAGCCUGACUACGCCGUUCCACCACUUCCAGUGAGUGAAGGUGAUGCUGAACAGGAACUUGGUCCCCCUCCAUCUGUAGAUGAAGCAGCAAACACACUCAUGACUCGUCUGGGUUUCCUCCUUGGAGAGAAAGUGACGGAAGUUCAGCCAGGUGACCAAUACACCAUGGAAGUACAGGAUGAAAAUCAGACCUCAGCAAUCACGCAACGGAUAAGUCCCUGUUCCACCUUGACUAGUAGCACUGCCUCCCCACCAGCCAGCAGCCCCUGCUCCACCCUCCCGCCAGUCAGUUCAAAUGCAACUGCCAAGGAUUGCAACUAUGGGGCUGUAACUAGUCCAACCUCUACCCUUGAAAGCAGAGAUAGCGGCAUUAUUGCUACGUUGACAAGCUAUUCUGAAAAUGUAGAACGCACAAAAUAUGUUGGGGAAAGCAGUAAAGAAUUAGGAUCUGGAGGAAACCUAAAACCUUGGCAGUCUCAAAAAUCCAGCAUGGAUUCCUGUUUGUAUCGAGUAGAUGAAAACAUGACAGCUUCCACCUAUAGUCUGAAUAAGAUCCCAGAAAGGAAUUUGGAAACAGUUUUAUCGCAAUCAGUACAGUCUAUUCCUCUAUAUCUUAUGCCACGGCCAAAUUCAGUAGCAGCCACCAGCUCUGCCCACUUGGAGGACCUUGCUUACCUGGAUGAGCAGAGACAUACACCUUUGAGAACUUCUCUUCGAAUGCCGAGACAAAGCAUGGCUGGUGCUCGCACACAACAGGAUUUAAGAGUUCAUUUUGCACCUUAUAGGCCUCCAGAUAUCUCCCUGAAGCCUCUGCUCUUUGAAGUGCCCAGCAUCACUACAGAGUCAGUGUUUGUUGGCCGGGAUUGGGUUUUCCAUGAAAUAGAUGCUCAACUUCAGAGUUCAAAUGCCAGCGUGAACCAAGGAGUAGUGAUUGUGGGAAACAUUGGGUUCGGCAAAACUGCCAUCAUUUCCAGACUGGUGGCCCUCAGCUGCCAUGGAACACGGAUGAGACAGAUCGCCUCAGACAGCCCACACGCCUCCCCCAAACAUGUGGAUGCCAACAGAGAGCUGCCACUCACACAGCCACCUUCAGCCCACUCAUCCAUCCCCAGUGGAAGCUGCCCAGGAACCCCAGAAAUGCGCAGGCGGCAGGAGGAGGCUAUGCGGAGACUAGCCUCACAGGUGGUUGCCUAUCACUAUUGCCAAGCUGAUAAUGCCUACACCUGCCUGGUCCCAGAAUUUGUCCACAAUGUUGCUGCCCUGCUCUGCCGCUCACCUCAGCUGACGGCCUAUCGUGAGCAGCUUCUUCGGGAGCCUCACUUACAGAGCAUGCUGAGCCUUCGGUCCUGUGUUCAAGACCCCAUGGCCUCCUUCCGGAGGGGAGUCCUGGAGCCCCUGGAGAAUCUCCACAAAGAGAGAAAAAUCCCAGAUGAAGAUUUCAUCAUCCUAAUUGAUGGAUUAAAUGAAGCAGAAUUUCACAAACCGGAUUAUGGGGACACAAUUGUUUCAUUUCUGAGUAAAAUGAUUGGAAAAUUUCCUUCUUGGCUCAAACUAAUUGUAACAGUUAGGACCAGUUUACAGGAAAUUACCAAGCUGCUGCCUUUCCAUAGGAUAUUUUUGGAUCGACUAGAAGAGAAUGAAGCCAUAGACCAGGAUCUGCAGGCUUACAUCCUGCACCGGAUACACAGCAGCUCAGAGAUCCAGAAUAACAUUUCACUUAAUGGCAAAAUGGACAAUACUACAUUUGGCAAACUCAGUUCUCACCUCAAGACCCUCAGUCAAGGGUCCUAUCUAUACCUGAAACUCACAUUUGACCUCAUAGAGAAAGGCUAUCUAGUGUUAAAGAGCUCUAGCUACAAAGUAGUUCCUGUUUCGCUCUCUGAGGUUUAUUUACUCCAGUGCAAUAUGAAGUUCCCAACCCAGUCUUCCUUUGACCGGGUGAUGCCUCUCCUGAAUGUGGCAGUGGCCUCUCUGCACCCACUCACUGAUGAACAUAUCUUCCAGGCCAUCAAUGCUGGUAGCAUUGAAGGCACCCUAGAAUGGGAGGAUUUUCAGCAGAGAAUGGAGAACCUCUCCAUGUUCCUAAUCAAGCGCAGAGACAUGACUCGUAUGUUUGUACAUCCUUCUUUUCGAGAAUGGCUUAUCUGGAGAGAAGAAGGAGAGAAAACCAAAUUUCUCUGUGAUCCCAGGAGUGGUCACACAUUACUUGCUUUCUGGUUUUCCCGCCAGGAGGGAAAACUAAACCGACAGCAGACUAUUGAACUGGGACAUCACAUCCUCAAAGCACACAUUUUUAAGGGUUUGAGUAAAAAAGUUGGUGUGUCAUCUUCCAUCCUCCAAGGUCUCUGGAUCUCCUAUAGCACAGAAGGUCUUUCCAUGGCAUUGGCAUCUUUACGAAAUCUCUACACUCCAAAUAUAAAGGUCAGCCGACUGCUGAUUUUGGGAGGUGCCAACAUUAAUUACCGGACAGAGGUUUUAAAUAAUGCUCCAAUUCUGUGUGUCCAGUCUCAUCUUGGUUAUACAGAAAUGGUGGCCCUGCUUUUGGAGUUUGGGGCCAAUGUGGAUGCCUCUUCUGAAAGCGGCCUGACCCCUCUGGGCUAUGCAGCGGCGGCUGGCUUCCUGAGCAUUGUUGUACUUCUGUGCAAGAAGCGUGCCCAGGUGGAUCAUUUGGACAAGAAUGGGCAGUGUGCUUUGGUCCAUGCUGCACUCCGAGGUCACCUGGAGGUUGUCAAGUUUUUGAUUCAGUGUGACUGGACGAUGGCUGGCCAGCAGCAAGGAGUAUUUAAGAAGAGCCAUGCCAUCCAGCAGGCCCUCAUUGCUGCAGCCAGCAUGGGGUACACGGAGAUUGUCUCCUACCUACUUGAUCUUCCAGAAAAAGAUGAAGAAGAAGUAGAGCGAGCACAGAUCAACAGUUUUGACAGUCUCUGGGGAGAGACAGCACUGACAGCUGCGGCAGGAAGGGGCAAGCUGGAGGUGUGCCGUCUGCUCUUGGAACAGGGGGCAGCAGUGGCCCAGCCAAACCGCCGAGGGGCAGUGCCCCUGUUCAGCACUGUUCGCCAGGGCCACUGGCAGAUUGUUGAUCUUUUACUCACCCAUGGAGCCGAUGUCAACAUGGCAGACAAGCAAGGUCGUACUCCCCUGAUGAUGGCUGCCUCCGAAGGCCAUCUGGGAACUGUGGACUUUCUACUUGCACAAGGUGCCUCCAUUGCUCUCAUGGACAAAGAAGGACUGACAGCCCUCAGCUGGGCUUGUUUGAAGGGUCAUCUCUCAGUAGUGCGCUCUCUGGUGGAUAAUGGGGCUGCUACGGACCACGCUGACAAGAACGGCCGCACCCCACUGGAUCUGGCAGCUUUCUACGGUGAUGCCGAGGUGGUCCAGUUCCUGGUGGAUCACGGGGCCAUGAUCGAGCAUGUCGACUACAGCGGAAUGCGCCCUCUGGAUAGAGCAGUGGGGUGCCGGAACACUUCUGUUGUUGUCACUCUUCUGAAGAAAGGAGCCAAGAUAGGUCCAGCCACAUGGGCGAUGGCCACCUCCAAACCAGACAUCAUGAUCAUCCUGUUGAGCAAGCUGAUGGAAGAGGGGGACAUGUUUUAUAAGAAAGGUAAAGUGAAGGAGGCUGCCCAGCGUUACCAGUACGCCCUGAAGAAAUUCCCUCGAGAAGGGUUUGGUGAGGACUUGAAAACCUUCCGGGAACUAAAGGUGUCUCUCCUCCUCAACCUCUCUCGAUGUCGCAGGAAAAUGAACGAUUUUGGAAUGGCGGAGGAAUUUGCUACUAAGGCCCUGGAGCUGAAACCGAAAUCUUAUGAAGCUUACUAUGCAAGAGCAAGGGCAAAACGCAGCAGCAGACAGUUUGCAGCAGCCUUAGAGGAUCUGAACGAGGCCAUCAAGCUCUGCCCAAACAACCGUGAGAUCCAGAGACUCCUGCUGCGAGUGGAGGAGGAGUGCCGCCAGGUGCAGCCGCCGCCUCAGCAGCCGCCUCAGCCUCCGCUCCCGGAAGAAACGGAACCCGAACCACAGCACGAAGAUAUAUACUCUGUACAGGAUAUAUUCGAGGAGGAGUACCUGGAACAGGAAGUCGAAAACGUCUCCAUCGGCCUCCAGACCGAGGCUCGGCCCAGUCAGGGGCUCCCGAUAAUCCAGAGCCCGCCUGCCUCUCCAGCCCAUCGGGACUCCGCCUACAUCUCUAGCUCACCACUUGGCUCACAUCAGGUUUUUGACUUCCGUUCCAGUAGUUCCGUAGGUUCUCCCACCAGACAGGGCUAUCAGUCCACCUCACCCGCUCUUUCUCCAACUCACCAGAACUCUCAUUACAGGCCUAGUCCGCCACACACUUCCCCAGCCCACCAGAGCGGGUCUUACCGCUUUAGCCCCCCGCCCGUGGGAGGACAGGGCAAGGAAUACCCAAGCCCUCCCCCUUCCCCUCUCCGAAGAGGCCCUCAGUAUCGGGCCAGCCCUCCAGCCGAAAGCAUGAGUGUCUAUAGAUCCCAGUCUGGCUCACCCGUGCGCUAUCAGCAAGAAACAAAUGUGAGUCAGCUUCCUGGCAGACCAAAAUCUCCAUUAUCCAAAAUGGCCCAGCGGCCCUACCAGAUGCCUCAGCUUCCUGUGGCAGUUCCCCAGCAAGGGCUCAGGCUACAGCCUGCCAAGGCCCAGAUUGUGAGAAGCAACCAGCCCAGCUCAGCAGUUCAUUCAAGCACCGUCAUCUCUACAGGGGCCUAUGGCCAAGUAGCCCACUCGAUGGCUAGUAAAUACCAGUCUUCACAAGGAGACAUGGGAGUAAGUCAGAGCCGGUUGGUUUAUCAAGGGUCAAUUGGGGGGAUCGUAGGGGAUGGGAGACCUGUGCAGCAUGUCCAGGCUAGCCUGAGUGCGGGUGCCAUCUGUCAGCAUGGAGGGUUGACCAAAGAAGACCUUCCACAGCGACCUUCCUCAGCAUAUCGAGGUGGUAUGAGAUACAGCCAGACACCACAGAUUGGACGUAGUCAGUCCGCAUCCUACUACCCAGUCUGUCACUCCAAACUAGAUCUGGAGCGUUCCUCCAGCCAGCUAGGUUCCCCUGAUGUGUCACAUUUAAUCAGAAGACCUAUUAGUGUCAACCCGAACGAAAUCAAACCCCAUCCACCAACUCCCAGGCCACUGCUACACUCCCAGAGCGUGGGCCUCCGCUUCUCUCCAUCUAGCAAUAGUAUCUCAUCAGCCUCCAACCUCACUCCUACCUUCCGGCCAUCUUCCUCGAUUCAACAAAUGGAGAUCCCACUAAAACCGGCGUAUGAUAGGUCAUGUGACGAGCUGUCACCAGUGUCUCCCACUCAGGGAGGUUACCCCAGUGAGCCCACCCGAUCCAGGACCACACCAUUCAUGGGGAUCAUAGAUAAAACAGCCCGGACUCAACAGUACCCCCACCUUCACCAGCAGAAUCGGACCUGGGCCGUGUCAUCCGUGGAUACCGUUCUCAGUCCCACGUCUCCAGGCAACCUGCCUCAGCCUGAGUCCUUCAGUCCACCAUCAUCCAUCAGCAACAUUGCCUUUUAUAACAAAACCAACAAUGCACAGAAUGGCCAUUUGCUGGAGGACGAUUAUUACAGCCCCCAUGGGAUGCUGGCUAACGGGUCCCGUGGAGACCUCUUGGAGAGAGUCGGCCAGGCCUCCUCAUACCCCGAUGUGAAGGUGGCUCGGACCCUCCCUGUGGCUCAGGCAUACCAGGACAACCUGUAUAGGCAGUUGUCCCGGGACUCUCGACAAGGGCAGACAUCCCCUAUCAAACCAAAGAGACCAUUUGUGGAGUCUAAUGUUUAAAAGACGUUUGUUGGAGUGAGACCCAUAUGUUUUCACUGCACAUUUUCAGGCUUGGUUUCCAUAUCUGAGGUAGUUCCCUGGCUUAAUUUCUCAUGUAGUUUCUGUGUGGUGUUCAGAGGUGGCAGCCCACAUGCUGGAGUUCUUUGCAUGCAGCCGACCGGGAAGCUGGCCUCCAGCGAGCCAGGACUUCAGUUUCUCCCGUCUGUGCCCCCGCCACAUGCUCUCUCCCUCUCUUCCGACGCCAACGAGGAGAUUGUUGUGCCGUGUGCUUUAACCCAGGGAGAUCAGACACACUGGUCAGCUUUUUCCAGGAGACAAUCGCUUUCACUGAUGUUCUUGUUGUGUGAAUGUCUUUCUCCUUUUUUACAAAAAUAAGGUGUUCUCGUUUGUUUUCUUCUAGGAACUUUAGAAAGAGUAUGAUGCCCCUUUGCCUUUGCAUUCUUAUCCAGUGUUAUCCAAAUAGCCAGCCCCAGUGCAUUCUUGUGCCAUGGUCUCCUCCCCUGGACUGCCAGCUCCCUGCAGUCAUCAGGUCUAGAACGUGCGUGUAGGUUAUUGCUGGUCUUCCUACGGGGGCAAAAGGAUCAAGGAAAAAGAGAAGAAAUGGGUCUAUUAAAUUGGAAGAAAAAAUAUAUAUACAUAAUUAUUUGAAAUGUCACUACAUUGAUUUUCCAAGAAGUGUUUUAUGAAUAUUUAGAGAACAACCAGCCCUUUAAAUAUUUCACUCAGCAAAGGAAAUCGGAUGAGAAUCAUGGAUAUUCUUAAAUAAUCCACUGAGAGGUAUUCUUUAGGUUUUUAGCCAACAACUAUUAAAAAUCUACUCAUUUUCCAUGGGUGGUGGGGGGAGGGGGGAAAUACAUAAAUAUAAAGAAAGAGAGACCGAGGAAGAAAGACUGUUCUGGAUUCUCAGUGAAAGGCUAGAGAACAUCUUUGUCUUGGAGAAAUCUGCUUUAUAGGUCCUGAGAUAAUCACUGAGCAUCAUAUUCCACAAAAGCAAACUCUUGCCGAGGUUUGACUGGUACACUGGCCCUGUUAGCUGGCUCUGCACCCAGAGCCAGGUUUGUGUCCUCCCGGCCCUCCUUUCUUCAGCCUACGUGGUAUAGUGAAGAAACUGGUUCUCUUGAGAAGCAAACUGAAUUCUCUCCGGACCGUAAGACUUUAUUCCUGAAGUUUGCACCCAGGGCCAUUGUACCCUGUGCCAGACGUCAUCUGAUUCUCUUUCGAGAUCUAUAGUUCUGUAAUCUAUUACUCUAGGAAUUGUUUCUUCUUUUCCUUUUUCGAGGUAGGAGUGUUUGGGGAGCGAUCUUUGAAAACCAGACACUGCAAAGUGUUUCAUGGAGAAGACAGACCCCUUUCAGCCCUGGGUGGGAGCACGUGAGACAGCAGAUCUUCUGAUCUGGUUAGCCUGCACCCUUCCGUGUCUUGUGGUCGUUUGCUGACCUGUCCUUUGCGUGACUGAGGCCAGCACGAGAUGGACAGUAAGAACACUGAAACCAAAGCCUUAGCACGGGCCUGGUACUGACUGCACGUCAGCUCUGAAAACUUAAGAAACUGAGCAAAAGAGAAUCUGUUCUCUGUUACUAGGAAUCCUUCUGCUCCUGUUAGUAAAGGGCUAUUGGAAGGGCAGUUUCCUGCCCUAAAAAUCCAGAUGUGACCAGACCUGUUUGUAAUAGUAAGUGUCCUCUGAAAGUAUCACUAAGAUAUAGGGAGCAUGAAGCUGAGAUCAGAAACAUUUCUCUACUAAUUUGGAGUCUCCCAAGUAGACAGACCCCUCUGCCCCCAAGCUUGAAAGAGGCCAGGACUUGUCUCUCUGUGCUAGAAGCAGACAGCUGGGCCAGCUCAAGACCCAGACCCUUCCCACUCUCUCUGAUGCCUAGGGCCUGUGUCCUACUCAGCUAGCCCAGGGUGGGCA